UUGGAUGGAAACUAAGAACUUUGAGGUUGCUUAUUUAAAUGCGUUCGUUAGAAAAGAGAAAAUAUUAUUCGAAGUAGAUAAAUUUUUCAAUAGUUGGUGGGGAUGGUACAUCAUUUUAAGUCUGACGGGCAUGCGUGCUGGACGAAGAAAAAGAGAAGGACGUCUAUAUCGAACGACGAGCCAGAGCACAGUCGUUCAACACGCGCCGCGUGCUAUAAUCGUCUUUCUACGAUGACAACGGUAUUCGAAGAAGAUUUAAAUUAUGCCAUUGGUUGGAACAGACUAAGCCUACAAAUACUUGGUAUAUGGCCGGAUUCGAAUGAGAGUGAUUUUGCCUUAUCGAAAUAUUGGUUCAUUUUACAUUCAUUCUUUAUGCUGGGAUUUAUCACUUUGCCACAGUCGGCAUAUCUCUUGAUGGUAUGGGGUGACAUAGAACUGAUGACAGAAAUUGUGGCGACGGCGAACGUACCGGUUACCAUGUCCUGCAUAAAGUUGUUGUUCGCACGAUAUCAUUUGGAAUGUAAGGGUAACUUUUGUGGUGAAAACGUAAUAACGCACAGAUCUAUACUAGAAGACUGGAAGAGAUCGAAAACCGAGGAUGAGAGAUCGGUCAUGUUGGUUAACGCUAAAAAGGCAAGAAUCAUAUCUAUAUGGUGUACGACAUUAGCACAUUUUAUGACAUCGAUUUACAUUCUACCUCGAAGCUUGAUGAUCUCGCAAAUGCAAAGAGACCAAUUCGACCCCCCAAGUACGGUCGUUUAUCCCGCUUAUUUUCCAUACGACAUUAGUGGAACUUCAGCUUUUUUAAUUUCCUGUUUCGGACAAAUCGUAGCGGCGUAUAGCGCUACCGUAUCAUAUAUAGGCGUAGACACGUUUAUCACGAUGCUCGUCCUUCAUGUCUGCGCACAAAUGACCAAUCUCAGGCAUGCACUUAAAAAUCUAUCGAACGGCACGAGCGAGAUAGCCAAUGAGUUUACAACAAAAUUGACGUGGAUCGUGAAGAGACACGAACAUCUCAACUGGUACGCCAAAUCGAUCGAGAAUUCAUUUAACAUGUUGAUGCUAAUUCAAAUACUGGCUUGCAUCGUUCAAGUUUGCUUUCAGACAUUUCAACUAUUUCGCAUAAUGCCACACGAUGAUGAUGCAUUUCCAAUAGAACAGCUGUUUUUUAUUAUAUUCUUUGUAAUUGUUACCUUGGUACAACUAUAUCUGUAUUGUUACGUUGGAGAAAUGCUUAUCGUCGAGAGUACUGCAAUAGGCACGUCAGCAUACGAGUCGCAGUGGUAUACUUUGUCUGCAAAGGAUGCACAAAAUAUCAUUUUCGUGAUGCAUCGAUCUUGUGUGCCACUUCGUUUAACAGCCGGAAAAUUCGGCACUUUUUCAAUGGAAAUGUUUAGCAGAGUAAGAGAAAAUCAUCAAUAUCUUAAAAAGCACAAUAGGAUAUCUUUCAAUGUUACUAACGUCAGACGGGCAUGCGUGCUGGACGAAGAAAAAGAGAAGGACGUCUACAUAUCGAGUGACGAGCCAGAGCGCAGUCGUUGUAUCGCCGCGUCUUAUAAUCGUCUUUCUACGAUGACAACGGAAUCCGAGGAAGAUUUAAAUUACGCCAUUGGUUGGAAUCGUUUUAAUUUGACGGUGUUAGGAGUUUGGCCUGAACCAUCGAAGACGACGUUUCUUUGGCGAUUAACGUCAGCCAGUAUAUUUUGGACGAGCACUACCGUGACCCUUUUAUUCAUAAAUGUACCACAAAUGGCAGAUCUGAUUUUGAAUUCAACCAGACUGGACGAAGUCAUAGAAAAUUUAUCCAUCAACAUACCAAUAGCUUUCGCUGUGACUAAGCAAAUCGUUUUGUGGUAUCACGGAAAAGCAUUGAAAUCAUUACUCGUCGAGAUAGUUAACGACUGGAAUCAAACGCAACAAGAAUCAGAACGUUCGUUGAUGUUGAAAACUGCUAAAUUGAGUCGAAUGAUAUCUCUCUUUUGUUCUACUUUGUCGUACAUAAUGGUGAUCACCUUCAUAUCGCUUCAAAUUUAUGCGAAUAUGGCUAGUGCCUCUGAAGUCGAUCUAGGAGGACUUUUGCAUCCAGCGACCUUUCCAUACGACACCAAGAAAAGUCCUUCUUUUGAGAUCACUUGGUUGGGACAAUUCAUGGCAACGAUUCUAGCAGGCAUCAGUUAUUCUUGCUUCGAUACUUUUCACGCAGUCUUUGUUUUGCAUUUGUGUGGACAACUGUCGGUUUUGCAAUCGAAUAUAAGAGAAUUGGCGGAGAUAGCGAAGCGUGACGUCGUUCUGUUUCAAAAUAGGCUCGGCUACAUUGUGAACAGGCACGAACAACUCUACAAAUUCGCCAUAAUAGUCGAGGAUUGUUUCAAUCUUACUCUACUAGGGCAAACUUUGAUUUCGACGGCUAUGUUCUGCAUGACGGGUUAUCGUAUGAUCACGUCGAUGGGCACAAAUGAAGAAGAAUUGCCGAUAGCAGGAUUGAUAUUUUACAUUACGUUUUAUAUAUACACGAUGUUGCAUUUAUAUAUAUAUUGUUACGUUGGUGAAACUCUUCUGGUCGAGAGCACUGAAAUAGCUUUCUCCGCUUACGAUUGCGAAUGGUAUGACUUGCCUCCAAAAAAGGCAAUCUGCUUGCUGAUAAUAAUUUGUCGAGCAAGAAUAGCAUUUCAAAUCACCGCUGGAAAAUUUUGUCCAUUUUCGUUAGAAUUGUUUGGCGCUAUCAUUAAAACAUCCGCCGGAUAUUUAUCGGUAUUACUAGCUAUGAAAAAUAAUCCAGUAGAAGAGUAAUAAAAUAUACGUUAUUUACAAUGAACAAUCGAUCGACGAAUUUGAAAGACAUUAAAAGUCGAUCGUUUGUUACAUCUACCAAGACAUUAGGUCAAGACGAAGAUGACCUACCGAACACUAAAUUGUUUUCCUUACAACUAUUUGUAAUCGAUUCGAUGCGGUAUACGCCUUUAGAUUUACUAUUACGUGAAUGAAAUACUAAUUGAUUAAGUAAAGGUAAAACGUCAAGAAGAUAUUUUAAUUAGUGAAUUGCCGUACGAAUGUUAAUGGUGCUACUUAUCAUCCAAACAUGUAAAGGAUCUCUUCUUCGUGAUGUACCAAUCAAUAAUACCAUAUCGUUCGACCGCAACGUUUUAACCGAAUUUAUAAAUUAUUUCAAAUGUUUCUUUUAUAGAUCUUCAGAAUUUCAAUGGGAUAUCUUUCUGUUCGGCUGGUACCUGAACGCAAUAAUUAAUUUUACAGAGAUAAUAAUAUAACAACCGGAAAGGAAAUAAUAGAAAUAUUAAGGAUCUAUAAAAAGAAUGAGUUUUUUUUCUAAUAUUUCAGAAAAUUGCGAAUCAAGAUAUAUUACUGGAAACGAUCGCGUAAAAAUAUUCGCGUAAUAAAAAAUACAUCCGAACUUCCUCUUCUUGCUCCACGUUCGUCACACAUCACUGUUUGAUUUAAUAAUCACAAGAACCACUAUCGAUCAUUUCAUCUCGCUUACAAAUUCACAAAUACCCUGCACCUGUUCCCACGU